ACAGCAAAGAGUUGGGAACCAGAGCAAGAGAGACUUACUUGACAACCGGGCACAGUAAGCAUGAAUACGGUAACAUCACCGGGCCCCAUGGCCAAUUCUGUAUAUGUGGUGGCACCGCCCAACAGUUAUCCUGUGGUCCCAGGAACCGUGCCUCAGAUGCCUCUUUAUCCCAGCAAUCAGCCUCAAGUCCAUGUGAUUUCUGGUCAUCUGCCUGGUUUGGUGCCAGCUAUGACCGAACCGCCUGCCCAGAGAGUCUUGAAAAAGGGACAAGUCCUAGGGGCCAUCCAGAUCCUGAUUGGCCUGGUGCACAUCGGCCUGGGCUCCAUCAUGAUCACCAACCUCUUCAGCUACUAUACACCUGUCUCCCUCUAUGGAGGUUUCCCCUUCUGGGGAGGCAUCUGGUUUAUCAUUUCAGGGUCUCUCUCAGUGGCGGCAGAAACUCAGCCCAAUUCACCUUGCCUGCUGAAUGGCAGUGUGGGCUUGAACAUCUUCAGCGCCAUCUGUUCUGCAGUGGGCAUCAUGCUCUACAUCACAGAUAUCAGUAUCUCAUCAGGAUAUAUCUACACUAGCUACUACCCUUACCAGGAGAACUUGGGUGUGAGAACAGGCGUGGCUAUUUCUAGUGUGCUGCUCAUCUUCUGCCUCUUGGAGCUCAGCAUUGCAAGUGUGUCCUCCCACUUUGGCUGCCAGGUGGCCUGUUGUCACUACAACAAUCCAGGUGUGGUCAUUCCAAACGUCUAUGCAACAAACCCAGUGGUCAUCCCAGAACCACCAAACCCAAUACCAAGUUAUUCCGAAGUAGUUCAAGACUCCAGAUAAGUGAACCUGAAGAUUCUAGAGACCAAGUGACAUCCUCUCCUACCUAGACUCUUAUAAACCAAGUUCUUCCUUUCCUGACGAAGGGUAAAUAUCUUUCUUGUGGCCUAAAUUAUAGACUCUUGCUUCAACUCACCCUGGAAAAAUCUCUAUUAAAACAAGAUGGGAGAAUGAAAUGGAUUCAAAUAAAGAUGCUCUAGC